AUGGAGGAUUAUGAUAUCAGAGCUACAAUUCCCACUUUGAAUGUUGAUUUUUGUCCCUCACUGUCCUCAGAAUUCUCCUAUAGUGGGCAAAUGUCAGAUACCACGUCAGUUGCCUUGACUAUAAAAUUUCUGAGCACAUUCAAUGAUAAAGUGGAACAUCUAAGGUUUGAACACCCGCAGGUUCUUGCACCAGCAGUAAAUUCUAUGGUAGGUCUUCCUGAAUUUGAAAUGUUGACUGAUCUGGAGUUAGAUAAAAUUAGGGAGCUACUUAGUUUUGAGCAUCCUUCCACUCCAAACCUUGUGCCUCCCUGCGUUUCAUCUAAACUUGAAGUGGUAAAUUUUGGAAGAUUUCAAGGUAAAGAGCAUGAGCUUCGUUUUGCCAAACUUGUAUUUGAAAACGCUCAAGUCUUGAAGUGGGUGAAUUUCACAUGUCCCCCGGCAUCCUAUGGUAAAGAACUUAAAGAGAAGAUAUUGGCAUUUGAGAGAAGUGCUAGUGCCGAACAGUUUUAUUCAGA